AUGGAGAAGAAACGAAGAAAAUUCGAUGAAGAGUCGACUACGUCAGCCGAAACAGAUACCAGCGACGAUGAGAGUGAAGGAGUUGAAGUUGACGACGAGAGCAGCAGCGACGAUUCCGAAAUAUAUAGACUUGGUCAAAAACGCUCAAGGCCGAAAAAAACAACGGCGGAAGAUUUUGCUGGUGUAAUGAACCGGAUCUUGUCCAGUCGAACGAAAGCUGCCGACCAAAAUGCACCAAUAUUAUCUCGAUCCAAAGGAAUUGAACGACAUAUUGAUCAAGAGAAAAACGAACAACGAGCACGUAAGGCGGCCGCUAUGGAAAAGAAAAAACUAGCUUCCAAAGAUAGGGUAAAGACGCAAUUCACUACGUUUGAACAUGAGAAAAGGUUAAGCCGAAUCGCCACCAAAGGAGUUGUACAGCUAUUUAAUGCUAUCAAGAUAGCUCAGAAGACAGCCGAAGAGGCAGUCGAGGCUGCAGGUGGUGAUAGUAAAUUGACGGUUCGCCAAGCAAAGGAUGUCGCAUCCAUGUCGAAGAAAACCUUUUUGGACAUUUUAAAAACUGGUGCAAAUAAAGAUUAA